ACGUUUCCUCAGCAAGCAUCAGUCCUUCAUGAGCGAUGGUCGGUGUGUGACUUUGUCUUUCAGAGGAGGAAAGUUACAGAGUCAGAACUUCACUUUGGCCACCAUCAAAGGAGACGAGUACACCUUCACAUCCAACAACGCCGAAGACAUCCGCGACCUGGUGGUGACCUUCCUGGAGGGCCUGAGGAAGAGGUCAAAGUUUGUGGUGGCGCUGCAGGACAACCCGAACCCGAGUAAGUCCUGACCUCCACAGAGGUUCAGUGCAGCAGCUUCCUCAGAUGUUCUGUGGGUCUAAAUCUGUUUAUUUCUGUCUCUGAGGAGAAAAACUAAAGCUGGACAAAAACCUCCUCUCUUUCCCACAGCAGGUGAGGAGUCCACGUUCCUGAGUUUCCAGAAAGGAGACCUGAUCUUGUUGGACCAGGACACCGGGGAGCAGGUCCUCAACUCUGGAUGGGCUCAUGGAGUCAAUGAACGAACCAAUCAGAGAGGAGAUUUUCCAGCUGACUGCGUCUACGUCCUGCCCACCAUGACCCGGCCGCAGCAGGAGAUCGUGGUGAGAGUCUGACAUUCACAGCGUUAGAGACGUCCUCAUCACAGGGUAAAAUCAGACACCUGGACUCUGAAACUCAUUAUAGUCCCCGCCCACUGAAUCCUUUUAUCCAAUCAGGCUCUGGUUACCAUGACACCAGACCAGCGUCAGGAGUCGGUGCGCGUGUCACAGCUGGUCAUGCCGGAGACCGAGGGGAGGAUGAAACCGUACACACUGGAGGAGUUCUCCUACGAUCAUUUCAGGUACACACACACACACACACACACACACACACACACACACACACACACCUUAUCACUUGUAGACUGAUGUAACGACAGCAGGAUCUCGUAAACAUGAAAGCACUCGUUUAUUCCUCACUGCUACCUGCUCCAAUCAGACGUUCUUCUUCAUGUCGCCUCUUCCAGACCUCCUCCCAAACACACCCUGAGCAGAGUGAUGGUCACCAAGAACCGAGGGAAGGACAAGAUGUGGAGCUGCACCAGAGAGCCGCUCAAACAGCCGCUGCUGAAGAAGGUGGUCAACCACGAGGAGCUGGCUCAGGACGCCUGCAUGUCCUUCAUCGAUAUCCUUCAACAGAUCCAUCAGAACUUUAGAACUUCACCGUGAAAACUUCACAUUAAUAACAGCUUUGUUUCUGUACCUGUGGUCGUUGUCCUCCUUGACGUCUGUCCCACCCAUGAUGAAGUACAUGGGCGACUAUCCGUCCAAACGGACCCGUUCAGUUAACGAGCUGACCGACCAGAUCUUUGAAGGAGCGCUGAAGGCCGAGCCUCUGAAAGACGAGAUCUACUGUCAGAUCAUCAAACAGCUGACGGACAACCACGUCAAGUGUGUGAACGACAGGAACAGACACUUAAAGAUAGAUGUCUGUUUGCUUUUAGAGUCGCUCUAGAAAAACAUCAACAUCUACGUUUGAUCACAAACACUUUUACAGUUUACUAAAAUACCCUUUAGUAUGAAACUCCAGCAGAUAUUUGAGUCCAGGUGCUGAACACAGGUGAUGUCCUCCUGCAGGUACAGUGAGGAGAAAGGCUGGGAGCUGCUCUGGUUGUGUACUGGUCUGUAUCCUCCCAGUAACGUGUUGCUGCCGCACAUCCAGCGCUUCCUCCAGUCCAAGAAACACCACCCGCUGUCCGGGGACUGUAUGCAGAGACUACACAAAUCUCUACGGUAAAGUGUGUGUGUGUGUGUGUGUGUGUAAAAUAACUGUCUUAAAGGGACCACAUCAGACUGGAUCUUUAGGACUGUACGUGUCUGUCUGUCUGUCUGUCAUGGAAGCAGUAACGGGUCCAGGAAGUACCCCCCUCACCUGGUGGAGGUGGAGGCCAUCCAACAUAAGACCACCCAGAUCUUCCACAAAGUGUAUUUCCCCGAUGAUACAGAUGAGGUAUGAGGACACUGAACUCACCGUGAAUGAAUCUCCAGGAGUGGAGAGGAAGAGCGGUUUCAGGACUGAGGUUGUGUUUGGUCCUCACAGGCCUUUGAGGUGGAGUCCAGCACCAAAGCCAAGGACUUCUGCCAGAACAUCUCAGCCAGACUGCUGCUCAAGUCUCCUGAAGGGUUCAGCCUCUUUGUGAAGAUCUCAGAUAAGGUCAGAGGUCAGAGGUCAAAGGUUGUUUCUCUGAAGUGAAGAAGAAAAAUAAAAAGAUAUCACAGUUUUUGGAGACAGUGAGGAGGUCUGCUUCUCCAAACACUCAAACUAAAACCUCCUCCAGAGACUUUGACUGUAAACGAAUAUCUCAGGAGGAACGUUGAUUUCUCUGCUCUGGAAAAUAAGGUCCUAAUAAUCAUCCGUCAUGUUGUUGAUAAUCUUGUUUUCUCUUGGAUAUCAUCAGAGGUUUUGUCUUGUCUUGACUUACUUGCAACUAGAAAAAACAAUAAAUACAAAACCGGCUUAAAAUCGGAGAGACACGUUCACGGGCCACUGUCAAUAAAAUAUUCGGCUCCACAGGUCCGUUCAACAAUAAUCCACCGUGAGUUUAUUUACAACACACAGAUAAGUUACAAAAUGCACAAUUGCAUUAAAAGAUACAGAUUCGUCUUUGACAAUGUGGAAAAAAACAACCAAAUUGAUGGUCAAACACACACACACCUGCCUCUAAUCAGCACGAUAUACGUUAAAGAGACAUGGAAACACAUGCAGGUGGAGCCCCCUACUGGGAAACAUCAAAAUUACAUGAGAAAUGUAAAAACACAAAUAUGGAACAUGGCACUACCAUAAGAAUGAGCUCUAAGAACCGUGAUCACGAGUUUCUGUCUUUUUUUGUGGACGUUAAAAAACUCCUGAGAGGAGCUUUAAUGUGGGAUGAGUUUUCAUGAAUCAGCUGAUUUCUCUGUGCUGUUGUUUACAGGUGAUCAGCGUACCUGAGGGAGACUUCUUCUUCGACUUUGUCAGACAUUUGACCGACUGGAUCAAGAAAUCUCGACCUGCUAAAGACGGUUUGUUCUUCUCUGAGUUUCCUAAGAAGCUGACUGUGUGUUUUUAAAAACACUCUAACACAACAUGAUCUUUGGGUUUUCUUCUCCACUCACAAACGUACAGUAUCCACAGAAACAGACAAUCCUCCUGCACCAGCCGGUUACACUGGAGGAGCUUUGACUGGUGUCUUCAGGUCUGGGUCUCACAUAUGUCUCACCUCUGUCCCGUCUGCCUCACAGGGAUCGUUCCUUCUCUGACCUAUCAAGUGUUCUUCAUGAAGAAGCUGUGGACCAACACCGUCCCAGGAAAAGACUCCUUUGCUGACUCCAUCUUUCACUACUACCAGGUUGGUCCUCAAAACCAGGAGGAGACACCUUCAUGGACUCAUUUGAGGGUUCUCCAAAGUCCAGGUGUCCGUCUGAUUCUCGCCGACCUUCUCCUUUCCAACAGGAACUUCCUAAAUACCUGCGUGGUUACCACAAAUGUUCCCGAGAGGAGGUUUUCCAGCUGGCAGCGCUCAUCUAUCGCGUCAAGUUUGAGGAUGAUAAAUCCCACUUUCCUACAAUUCCCAAGAUGCUCCGGGAGCUGGUCCCUCAGGAUCUCAUUCGUCAGAUGUCACCAGAUGACUGGAAAAGAGUAAAUCUGACGAGUUUCACAAAGACUUUAAAACCAACAAAACUUUUAUUAUCAACAUCUUAUCAGUUAUUUUUUAAUAUGAGAAAGCCCAAUGUGUGUGUGUGUGUGUGUGUGUGUGUGUGCGUGUGUGUGUGUGUAGUCUGUGGUCGCUUACUUCAACAAGCAGGCGGGGAAAUCGAGGGAGGAGGCCAAACUGAUGUUCCUGAAGAUUAUCUACAAAUGGCCGACUUUUGGCUCCGCCUUCUUUGAGGUUAAGGUAAACACACCUGUUCAUUACGAUGCUGUUGUUGUUGUUGUUGUUAUAUCUGAAGUCAGUCCAGUCAUCAUUAAAACAAACUCUGGUCUCUUCCUGUUUCACUCGGAGCCUUUAAACAGUUUUUACCUCCUAAAUCUGAAAAGUCCUGAUCUGAGCGUUUCAGGAGCUGAUUUGGACCCAGAAGUUGUUCCUGGUGUUUCCUGGUCUAACAGGAAGUGAAAUAGUCUGAAUGAGCUGAUGUUUCAUCACGUUUUUUUUAAAGGGUUCAGGGACUAACAGCAAAUAUCUGACUUUGGUUUUCAGCAAACAACAGAGCCAAACUUCCCAGAGAUCCUGCUGAUCGCCAUCAACAAGCACGGCGUCAGCCUGAUCGACCCCAAAAACAAGGUCAGUGCCGGUCUGGAGACGACCCGCUCUCGCCUGGUGUCAGUGAGAACGGCGUUCAUCUGAACUUUGUCACUAACUGAGUUUGUUUUCCUGAUGAGACGACGUCAAAGAUCAUGGUGGCUCCUCUCUCUCUCUCCGUCUCUGUUCAGGACAUCUUGACCACACACCCUUUCACCAAGAUCUCCAACUGGAGCAGUGGAAACACCUACUUCCACAUCACCAUCGGGAACCUGGUCAGAGGAAGCAAGCUGCUGUGUGAGACUUCUCUGGUGGGUGACGAACACAAACACACUCUUCAUGCUGUUUCAUCCAGCUGAAGACAUCAGCUGAUUCACCCUCUCUCCUCUCUCCUGCAGGGUUAUAAGAUGGAUGACCUGCUGACCUCCUACAUCAGUCAGAUGCUGACCGCCAUGAACAAGCAGCGCUCCGGGCGGGGCCACAGCAAGUGA